CCUACAAUUUACAAUUAGCCGUCGACAUUUUUAUUAGAUAUUUUCAUUUUGUGAAACAAAUCUGAUUAUCAUAACAUUCAUAACUAUGUAAUAAUGAUUAUUUAAUAGAUAGGUACUUUAAUAGUUAGAUAUGUAAUUUUACUAAUUUUAGAUUACCUAAUGUUCUGAAAACUGCAGAGACAUGAAUGGAGACACAAUUUGACAAUUUUAUCACAUUAUUAUCGUACUUAAUUGUAUCUCAUGCUUUAAUCUAAAAUACACUACAAAAAUUGUAAUCAUUUAUAGAGAAUUAAAUAUUAAUAUCGUUUUCUUUCGUUAACGAUAUAGAUAAAAUCCAUAUUUUAAAUAUCUACAAUACAUUGUGCCCUCGUUUUUAGUUUAAGUUUUAUAAUGUUUGAUAGUUACCUAUCACAUAAUCAUUAGUGAUCUAGUAUUUAAUGUAAUUCAUUUUAAAUGCUACUACAAUUCAUUGCGAGUUUGAAGUUAUGUGUUGUGUAUUUUUUAAAUUAUUUAUUUUGUUUUUCGUCGUGAUUUAAUGAAAUUAUAAUAAUUUUCAACUGGUUAUUGUCAUUUUUGUAAUCAUUUAAAAUCUCCACAAGAGCAUUGAAAAUAUCAAACUGUGAGGGCUGGUAAACUGUAAACUUAAUAACAAGGUGGGUAUGCUCUUGAACUCUGGCUUCAACUAGUAUAGUGAAAAACACUGCCUUUGCUCUCUCUCUAGCACUUUGUCAAUAAAUCAAACUAAAAAUUAAUAUAUUUCAAAAGACAACAAAGUUUGGUACUCAAAACUAGUAAUAAUUAUUUACCAACAAUGGACGACACUAAAGUGAUUGCGUCACUUGAUACUUUCUAUUCUGCAUGCAUGGAUUUGCGGAAACACAAUUACGACAGGUGCAUCGAGAACUGUACAAUAAUUUUAUCGAAAAACCCUUACGACCAGGCAACGUGGGCUCUAAAAAUGCGUGCAUUAACUGAACAACUGUCAAUUGAUGAUAUUGAAGCAGAAGAAGAAGGCAUUGCUGAUUCUUACUUUAACUCAGAUGCAAUAGCUGAAAAUGCUAGAGUAGGUACAUCUUUAAGGACAGCACAAGAUACUAGUAACCAAAGGCCUCGUACAGUUGGCGGAAGACCCUUAAGUGGCAUAGUUCGUCCAUCUACUUCAUCUGCUGGUGGCAAUAAUUUACAAUUGGCUUUGAAAACACCACGCACUGUCGGUUCCUCAAGACCAUUAACGUCUCAAUCAGCUAGAAAUAUACGCCUUGGUACUGCAUCAAUGGUCUCCCAAAUUGAUGGUCCUUUUAUUAAUAUAUCCCGAUUAAAUUUUCCUAAAUACGCAUCUGAUAAACAACUUUCAAAGUUGUUGUUCAACUACAUCUAUUAUCAACAAAAUGAUAUUAGAAAUGCAUUAGACUUUGCUGCUGAAGCAACUAAAUAUUGCAACUUUGAGGACCCUUGGUGGAAAGUGCAGUUGGGAAAAUGUUACGUAAUGUUAGGAUUAUUACGAGAUGGGGAAGCACAGUUUAGAUCUGCUUUACAACAUGGUCCUAAUAUUGAAGUAUUCUUACGCCUUUCACGAUUAUUCAUUCGCCUUGACCAGCCUUUAAGUUCAUUAGAUAUAUGCCAGAAAGCCAUGUCUUGGUUUCCGCAUGAAGUUACAUUACUUAUAGAAAUUGCUAGAAUAUUUGAAGGUCUAAAUAAUAUACCAAUGUCAGUUAAAUACUAUAGAGAUAUACUUGAAUUGGAUGCUACAGAUAUGGAAUCAAUUGCAUGUAUUGGAUUGCAUCAUUUUUAUUCUGAUCAGCCUGAGGUAGCCCUAAGAUAUUAUAGAAGACUGCUACAGAUGGGCUUAUACAAUGCUGAACUCUUUAAUAACCUAGGGCUAUGCUCAUUUUAUGCCCAACAAUUUGAUGUAGUUACUGCCUGUUUUGAAAACGCAUUAAGAUUAGCAUUGGAUGAUAAUGCAGCAGACAUCUGGUACAAUAUCAGCCAUGUGGCAAUUGGUUUUGGAGAUUUGGAUAUAGCUGAGCAUAGUUUGCAUUUAACAUUGUCUUUAAAUAGCUCCCAUGGUGCCGCUCUAAACAACUUGGCUGUAUUACAGUGGCGUAAAAAUAAUGUGUCCCAGGCUGAAUCCUUGUUGAACUCCGCAAUAGCAGCUGAAGAUCACCUUUAUGAACCACAUUAUAACAGAGCUUUAUUAGCUCAAGAGGAAGGUGAUCACCAAACAAGUUAUGCUAUGGUAAAGAAGUCGCUUUCAAUAUAUCCUAAUCAUUACAACUCUAGAGAUAUUUUAAACGAAUUAAAAAAAUAUUUUUCUAGUCUUUAAAAAUGAUUAGUUUAGUCUAUAAUUUAUUAAUUGUAUAGUUGUAUCUCUUGGUCAUAUCUUUAACAUGUAAUUAAGGAUGAUAUUAUAAUUAAAUAUUAUCUAUCAGGUAACAUUUUUUCUUUUUUACUUAUAAACAAACUGGUUGAAAUAA